CUGAGGAACAGUGACACACAAACAUCUCUGGAACCGCAAGCUGUCAAAGAAGAUGGUUUGUGGAAUUCUUAGUUUCAGCUCUGCUUUAUCUCCAAUCUCCAUAUCUCACUAUAGAAAUAGAACAGCUCCCAAGCUCAAGACUGAUCUUUCUUCUUCUGUUAUACUUGGAAUUCGAUGCUCAAGUUCUAGCUCAGAUGUGCCCCAAACCUUUGAAAAAUCUGAGAAUGAUGCUGCUAUGACUGGUGGUGCAUUUGACUUCACAAGAGCAACAACAUCACUUACAGAUAAUAAGUCAAUCGCUUCAUCAAAGAAGGUAACUCUUGUCCGGCAUGGCCUUAGCUCUUGGAAUGAAGAAAGUAGAGUUCAGGGAAGCUCAAACCAAUCUGUCCUGACAAAAACUGGAGUGAUGCAAGCAGAGAGGUGCAGAGAAGCCAUUGCAAAUAUGCAUUUUGAUCAGUGUUAUUCGAGUCCAAUAUCUCGGGCCAAGUCCACUGCUGAAAUUAUAUGGCAAGGGAGAGAGGAGCCGCUCGUUUUCCUCGACUCGCUGAAGGAGGCUCAUCUGUUUUUCCUUGAAGGCAUGAAAAAUGAGGAUGCCAAGCAGAGAUAUCCGAAGGAGUAUGCAACAUGGAGAGAGGACCCUGCUAAUUUUUAUGUGAAUGGAAUCUAUCCUGUAAGAGAACUAUGGGGAACAGCCAGAGAGGCUUGGAAGGAGAUCUUGUUAACACCUGGAGAACAUGUUUUAGUAAUCACUCACAAAUCAAUUUUGAGGGCACUGAUCUGCACAGCUUUAGGGCUAGGCCCUGAGAGAUUUCGUGCCAUUGAUGUGAACAACGGUGGAAUCUCCGUAUUCAAUUUCAACAAGAAAGGAGAAGCAAUGAUUCAAUCUUUGAACAUGACCGCCCACAUGUACAGUGAUCAUGUCUAUCUUUACUGAAACUUUAGUGCGACUUGCUGACUGAUGAGGAAAUAUGAAGACAGCAUAAAAAAGGUGUUGGAAAGAAGUUAAAACUAAGAGUUCCUCAUAGGACAUUGGUAUGUAUUUUUUCUCAGAGUCGAGGUUUCAAAUUCAAAUGACAAGCUUGGGGUUGUGAAAGGUCGAUGGGUAAAACACGCAUGCAGUAAAUGCUGCAGUGUAAGCUUCAGGCUUUCUUGUAUUAGUAACAGAAGAUGUACGUUCUACUUAGAAAACAAACAAGACAUACAUUUAU